AAUGCUCAGCCGUUUGUACAUAAGGCGUUGGAUGAAAAAGCUCCCGGACUCGACUCCCGGUAGUAUCUAUUUGGGAAAUAAAUUUGUGUUCCGGGUAGUGCCUCGGAGAUUUCUGCUGCUCUUUUCGAAAAUGUUUUUUCAACGUACAUUGAAAGUCCAGCAUCAGUCACCAAAACGUUACAUUCCACACCAACCACCGAAUCAGAGACCCGUAAAAGAUUUCAUAAAGGACAAAGUCAAGAGUUACAUUGUACUGUUUCUUGAAACUUCUUCGAUACAUGGCUUAAACCAUCUAAUUGCUCCUGGACGACAUUGGUUUGAAAUAUUUCUCUGGAUGACCUGCUUGUGCCUCUCGGUGUUCGGCUCCGUCUACCUCUCUUCCAGCACCUGGACUCGCUACCAAUACUCCCCCACAGUCAUCUCGAUGGACCGGGACAUGUUUGCUUGGAAUACCACUUUUCCCUGCGUUACUAUUUGCCCUUUGAACAAGAUUGACACGGGGAAACUCGAGAGUUAUCUUGAGUCUACUUCGCAACCAGAUAAGGAGGCCCUCAGUAACUUCAUUUACAAACUUGCAAAUGCCACUUAUCAAAAUUUCGAAGACGUUCCCCAAUACGAUGGUAUUGACCCCACCGCGUACACAGAUCUUUUACUGCAGCUCUCGAGACCGUUUAAACCAACGCUUACCAUCGGUGCUUCGGGAAUUACCUUGAAUAUCAUGCCAACUAUCACAGAAAUGGGGUUGUGCUAUACUAUUAAUUCAAAGAUGGCUUUUUAUAAUUCUCCGGAGUAUAGAGCUGAAAAUAGAUGGGAUAUUGUAAAAACUUACAAUGACACUUUCUUUGUUCAUCCUUUGGACGGUGAAGUGUUCGCUCAAGUAAUUAAUUUGUCUAACAAGUACGAUGUCUACAUACAUGGGCCACUAGAAGUGCCAGACAUUUCAACUAAAUGUGAGCAUUCAGAUGAAGAUUUCUACAUGAAACUUUAUGUCACAGCUCUUUCUGUGUAUACUUCACCUGAAGCUGCUAAAUUAAGCAUUAACCAAAGGCGCUGCAGGUUCUUCAACGAGAAUAACCUACCUCAUAACUCCGUGUACACGUACAACAUGUGUCGUGAUGAGAAAGUGUGCAAUGUAAAAGAUUUACACUGUCUAUCUAAAUAUAAAGAUGAAUUGUACCAACUUGCUGAUAAAACGGGAAAAAAGUUGAACUGUGGAUGUUUUCCUAACUGUGACGAUGUAAAUUAUGUUAUACAGUCAAGUGUUUUACAAGAAUGGUUCUUAGGGACGAACUUGCAGUGGGGAAUCGUAACGUAUCCAAGGAUGCGCUACAGGAGGGACAUCAUCUUCGGUUUUACAGAUGUGCUAGUGGCUGUCGGUGGCAUGGCCGGGCUGUUUCUGGGCUGCAGCGUCCUCAGCUUCAUGGAGAUAGUCUACUUCCUCACUCUUCGUCUUAUUUGCUACACUCACUAUCAAAUUAAGAAGUAA